UAGCAGAAAAACGAAAGGGGAAUUGGGCUGAGCAUGCUCCCGGCUACCAGCUUUCCUCGUUCUUCGCGGAUAUGCUCAUGAUUUUCCUCGGUUGCCUUCCCACUCCCACCCAUCGGACCGCAUGCAGUCGCACGCAGCCAUGGACCCGCGAUUUGUCGCUCGGAUCGAAGAUGAAAAGCGUCGCAUAAUCGACAGCUGCUUCAGCAAGAAGGACGUAGAUAACUCCUUUCUCGAGACCUACAUCAGCCAUGUCCGCAUCACCGAAUUCUCCUCCCAUCAGAGCGUCCCUCCGCCUCCGCAAGCCCGGGUCCCCGAAUCAGAAAAACGCCGAGUCAUCAUCCUCAGCGUCCGAAAGACGGGCCGUGUGCAUAUGCACAAGUCCAAGGAGAACGCCAAUGGCACCUUCUCCAUAGGAAAGACAUGGCACCUCGCCGACUUGACCGCCAUCGGCUCCUUCACCGGACCCCCGACCAGUGCCGCCAUGCGGGAGAGGGCUGGCGACACGGGCUUCACCGUCACCAUCGGCAAGACCUACUUCUGGGACGCCCAGUCCGAAAAGCAGAAGAGGCACUUCAUCGCCACCCUGAUCAAGGUCUACGGCAGAUAUACCCAAGGCCAUCUCCCCGACCUCGUAGGCUUCGACCCCAGGGAGCUCGACUUGGUUAUCGGUUCCCGCCGCCCGCCGCCCCAGCAGCGGCCCCCUAUGCCCAAGUCUGUGCCUACGCCUCUGCCUAUACCACCGAACCCUUCUGCCCCUCCGUCUGGUCCUCCCUCUGCUCCUCCCUCUGGUCCUCUGCCACAGCAGCCCGUCGCACGCCCCCACAUGCCCGAACCCUCUCAGAGCUCGCUCAGCAACCUGUCCGUCUCCUCCUCGGCCAAUGCAUCCUCCACGUACCCAUCGCUACCCUCCCCCUCACCCGGAAGACGACCGCCUCCGCCGAGGCAGAAUGGCGGUGGCUCGCCUGCCGGGAGCUUGGACUCGUCCCGGUCGCAGCCGCAGCCGCAAAACGCGAGCCAAUUAGCAUCCAUAAGGCGGCUGGCCGGCGGGAACAAGAGCCAGGAUUCAGUGGCUGCCUCCCUUGCCACCACCCGAAGCGAUGACGCCUCCAGCCUACCACCGAGAUCGAGAAACGGCGUGCCAGGUCCUGGCGCCUUUGGUCGUUUCGAAACCCCGGAUAGUGUCCCGUCUUCCGCGCAACCACCCCAACCACCCCAACUGCCACAGCAGCCACAGCAGCCCAGCCUGCCGCCGCCGCCGCCAGACGAGAGGGAAAGGCCGCCAGAGAGGAGGAGGCCGCCUAUGGAUCCCUUGCGACCCCAGGCCUCCUUCUCCGAAAGGGACCUGGUUCCGGCGCCUCUGAUGAGUCCCGGUUUGCGCCGUGAACCAGUAGCACCUCCACCUAGGAGUCGGGAUCGCGUCGCCCCCACCAUCCGCUCCGUAUCCCAACAGCGGUCCGAAGUGAGCUCUGCCAGGGACCGGCCCGUUACUCCGGCCUCUAUUGCAGACCGGCCUGUUACGCCGGGGUCGUCAGCAGCAGCAGCAGCAGCAGCAGUAGUCAUGCCAGAUCCUACCCCCGCGUCACCCAUGCCCGUCGUUGAUGGGGCGGGCGACGUCAAAACGGCCCGCAACGGGUCUGUCUCGGCCGCAUCAUCAACAGCUGCACUCGUCCCUGCACCGACAGAACCUCCUGCCGAGCCAGCGCCAUCACCAUCACCAUCAUCACCCCCUCCAGAGCCAUCGUCAGAGGAGAAUCGCCCCGGUUUGGGGCCCAUGAUCAAGUCCAAGAAGUCCAAGGGAGAAAUCGCCGGCACGUUCUGGAAGGCUGCCGCCGCUGUGAACGCCUUCAAGCCUCGUCCGGGCGGUGCAGGUGAAAAGCUGCGGCAGGUCCAGAGCAAGACCGGCGAAGAGGGCUCAGAUGGCAUUACGGGCGUUUUCAAGCCUCCCUCUCGGCCGAAAACCACCGAAGCAGAUGCAUCCCAUCGGGCCGCAGACGCGACAACGACGAUGCACAAGGGCUCGGACAGCACGCCCUCUCUGCCCAAAGUCCAAAUCACCGUGCCCGAUUCGAGUCGCCCUACGAGUCUGCAAGCUGCGGCCCAGGAAGUCAGACAACCCGCCAAGGACGUUACGGACGACGAAGCCAAGAACAACAGCAAGAGCGAGGCCAAAGAGGACAAAGAAGCGCCGCCCCGGAAACCCCUCAUCGCCGGAAACGACGCCAAGUACUUGACAUCUCUAGGCGUGGACGCUUCUAUCCUUGACAAUAGGAGCACCGAAUUUACCAAAUGGCUCGAUUUCUUCGGUUGGGUCCCCGGCGAGCAGAUGAGGUCUCGCCAUUUGGAUGAGAUGAGGGUCGACGUCGACCGCGAGUUGAACGAGGCGCAGGCGGGAGGGUGGCUCGCUCGGUUCCGAGAGGAUGACGAGCGCGUCGAGGCGAUCAAGCGGGGGAUCGAUGUUGCCAUUGCCGAGUGCGAGGAGGUCGAUAAUCUCUUGACUCUGUACAGCGUCGAGCUUGGGACUCUCUCCGAGGACAUCGCCUACAUCGAAGCCCAAGGCCAAGGUCUACAGGUCCAGACGGCCAACCAGAAGACGCUUAAGAAGGAAUUGGAGUCUCUGCUGGAGACCACGACCAUCACGUCCGACGAUCUCGUCGCCCUCAAGACGGCACCGCUAGAAUCCAUCGCUGGCCUGGAAGACAUCGAGGCGGCCCUCGUGACGCUCUACAAGGCCAUGAUCAAGAUCGACCCGACGCUCGGCGGGGAUCAGUCGAGGAGAAGCAACGAGCUCGGCAUGGACACGCAGAUGGAGAUGGAGACGACGGGAGCGGAGCCGGACCAGAGCAUGGGCUUGGGCUUGGGCUUGGACAACAGCGACUACGGCAAGAUGCGCAUCGUCCGAGAAAAGAAGGAGAUGUACGUGAGGGAGAGCUCCCUGUUCGUGCGGCGCCUGGUCGAGUACAUGGCACGGCAGUUCAACCAGGCCGCGACCGAGACGACGCGCGCCCAGAGCGAGGCCCUGUCGCGGAAAGCAGACGCCAAACACCACGACGCCGGGCGGGACGUGCUCUGGAAGUACAGCCCGCUGGUCCUCUACACGCGCGACGUCGACGCGAAGAACUGGGACCGUCUGCUCCAGCUCUACCAGGACUUCUUCGGCCCGGUCUACAAGCGCGAGUUCGAGCAGAUCAUGGCCGCCUGGAAGAAGAACGCGCGGAAAGUGACGGCCGACGACACGGCCGAUCUCCUCUUCACGUCGCACGCCGAGCGGAAGGAGGAGGGCAUCGCCACCACGGCCAGGAGGCUCACGGUCAAGCGCAGCCAGACGUUGGCCAAGACGCUGCGGACGCCGCUGGACGGCGGCAAGUCGUCGUCGAGCCCGAGGUCGAGCGAGAGCCUGAGCCUCCCGUACGAGGUGUUCGCGUCCGUGCUGGACGAUGUCCUCCCUCUCGUGGCGAUGGAGCAGAACUUUGUUGUCGAUUUCUUCCACGCGUCGACGCUGGAGCAGGCGGACUUUCCCGACGCCGUGGCCGCCUUUAAGCCCCGCGAUAGGAUGGGCGGUGAUUUGAGGAGGCAUCGUCUUAUGGAGCCGGAUAGGGAGCUUGCGCGUCGAGUGGCCAAGGUGAUGGAAGUCAUGUUCUCCUUCCUGGAACAGGAGCUCAGUAAAUUGAUGAACUGGGUUAUACUCACCGAUAGCCUCCAAGGUGUAGGUAUUCUGGCCGCACUCGAGCAAAAGAUGGCAGACAUCUCGCAGUCCAACCAGGACUUCCUCAACAGUCUACUACAGAAACUGCACAGCGUGCUCGAGUCGCGGUUCAAGAAAUUCGUCGACGAGCAGAUUCGCGCCAUCGAAGAAACCAAAGUCAAGAUCAACAAGCGCAAGGGCGUCAUCUCGUUCAUCCGCGUCUUCCCCCACUUCUCGGGCGCGGUCGAGAACAUCCUCAGCACGGCCGACCGCAACCUGGAGGUCCGGGGCAUGGUCGACCGCGAGUACGACCGCAUCCUCAAGAGCAUGUUCGACUCGCUCAAGAUCAUCGCGCGGGAGAACCCGGCGGUGGCGGUCAACGCCGGCUCGACGGCCGACCCGGAAGACAAAGAGGCGCUCAACUUCCACAUCCUCCUCAUCGAGAACGCGCACCACUUCCUCGAGGAGGUCGACGCGCGCGGGCUCGACGUCCUCGACGACUGGCGCGUCAACGCCACCGCCGAGCUCGCCGAGCACAUGCAGCUCUACAUCGGCGCCGUCAUGCGCCGCCCGCUCGGCCGGCUGCUGGAGUACCUCGAGAACAUCGAGGCGCAGCUCGCGUCGGGCAAACCCGCCACCAGCGUGGCCGCGCAGCCGUCCAACGCGCCGACCGUCUUCAGCCGGGUGCUCGCCAGCUACGACGCCAAGGAGGUGCGCAAGGGCGUCGAGGCCCUGCGGAAGCGCGUGGAGAAGCACUUUGGCGACGCCGACGACCCGGCGCUGGGCCGCCACCUCGUCGUCAAGGUGCUGCGCGAGUGCGAGAGAUUCUACGGCGACGUGGAGCUGCGCAUUAGCCGCGUCAACGCCGAGGUGUAUGGCGGGGACGUGCAGUUUGAGUGGCCGCGCGCCGAGGUCAAGAGCGGGUUCGCGGCGCGGUAGAAACGCCCGCCCGCCCGCCGAUGAAGAGGAGUAAGGGAAGAAACAGCGGUAGCCACGCAAAGUGAAGACGGAGGGGGAGGUGGAGAAGAAAGCAUCGUGUUUUUUUUUCGGAGCACCCUCUUGGGCGCAAACUCUUUUGUUAGCAUUAUUAUGCGAUGUUGUGUCACGACGGACUUGAAGAAGAAGACUUGUGUAUUCAAACCACGAAAGGAAUUCAUUUAUUAUUUUGGCUGCCCACCGGAUUUCGAUAGACGAUGAUGCCCUUUACUAUGUUCGCCUCUUUCACUUUCGGUGAUUUCCCCU